GACGCAUAAAUAAAGGCAACUUUUUCCAGUUAAUUUUGGACUUUGCAAUGGAUAUUAAAAUGCUCAGGUUAGAACGAGAUUUGCCAUCAGCAGAUAACGAUUAGACCCAAGAGUUUUUUUUUAUCGCAAAUUACGAUUCAAUAUGAACCUUUAUUUGUCGAGUAGUUAUAUUUCGUGGCCUGAGAACCUUCCAUGAUGGUCGACAUCGUGCAGCUCGAACGAAUAUCUUCAAGUGCGCAUGGGAAUUACGCCAAUAUAAAGUAUUUGACUGAUAACGAACUGUGUAGAUAGUUGUUUUGAGACUGAUAUCUCAGACUGAUAAAUAAUCUCGUUCAGCAAACACUACAGCAGCACUAUAUAAUGCCAUGAGGUGAGAUACUGUCUUCAGUUUCGUCCUCCACUUGGUGCAGCAACUAACCAGAACAAUGCAGACCAGGAACGUGAUGAUAGCCGUGCUAGGGGUGGGUUGUUGCGUGCUGCUGAUCACAACCAUCGUCGUGACGACGACCAAGUCAGAACAGGAGCUGAGGUCGUGUCCUGCAGACUACGUCACGCAGCCCCCCGUGAUCCUCGUCUCCCUGGACGGGUUCCGAGCGAGCUACAGAGAACGUGGCCUCACCCCCGUCAUCAGUAGGCUGGCCCAAGAGGGGGUCUUCGCCCCCUACAUGAACCCCUCAUACCCCACCGUCACCUUCCCCAACCACUACACCAUCGUUACAGGCUUGUACCCGGAGUCACAUGGCAUAAUCGCAAACAAGUUUUACGACCCCGAGUUCGGAGCAACGUUCGCGCUGGGGUCCUCCGAGAGCCAGAAGGGCCGUUGGUGGGGCGGCGAGCCCAUCUGGAACACCUUGACGCGACAGGGCAAGAAAAGUGCCACUUUCUUCUGGCCCGGUUCAGAUGUGCCCAUCGGAGGGCAGUAUCCAACGUACUGGUAUCCCUACAACUCAUCCGUGCCCUACGAAGAUCGAGUACAGCAGGUCCUGGACUGGGUGACGUUGCCAGCAGACGAGCGGCCCGCUUGGAUCACACUCUACUUCGACGAGCCCGACCACACCGGCCACGCUGAGGGACCUGAUUCACAGGGCAUAAAUGACCAGCUUGUUCGCAUGGAUGGUCUCAUCGGACAGCUGGUGACCGGGCUAGAAAAUGCCGAGCUUCUGAACUGCGUAAAUCUGAUCAUUGUGGCAGACCACGGCAUGGCCGGUGGAGGUCUAGGCUGGGUUAUCAAACUGUCGGACUACAUAAGUGAUUUGGACGACACGGCCUAUACCUACACCGGGGCCUUCACCAGGCUUGACCCCAAGAACGAUAGUGAUGAAGUUAAGUACGACAUGAUGAGAAAACUUGCCUGCCAGCGUACAGACAUGCGGACCUAUGAAAAAUCCGGUUUGCCGAAACGCUUCCAUUUUAGCAACAACCGCCGGAUCGAAGACAUCGUUCUGGACUUGGACGACGGGCGUUACGGUUCCGUGUCUUCCAGCUACUACAACAACGGCAACCACGGCUACGAUAAUUAUUUCCCUGCCAUGAAUGCUCUGUUUGUGGCUCGUGGACCAGCUUUCAAGUCUGGCCUGGAGCUGGCACCGUUCCAGAACAUCCAGCUGUACAACCUGAUGUGUCACCUGACAGGCGUGCUUCCAGCCGAGAACAACGGCACCCUGGGUGCACUCAACGCCAUGCUUAACACACCUGGCCCAAUUAUUCCGCUCCCAGAGGUCGAACAGCCGCCAGCCGCCUCGUUCCCGAGCGAGACGGAAUUGCCCGACAGGUUUGGAGUGUCUGGCUGUCCUGGAGAUCUAACAGCUUACGAGGAUUGGUUGUCACUCCUGAACAUGACAUCGGAAGAGCAAGCUCGACUCGAGUCUAAGCACGCGCCCUGGGGGCUGCCUCGAGUCCUCAACCAGACAGAUGGGCUGACGCUGCUCCAUCAGCCUGACUUCAUUACUGCAUAUUCGUCAUCACUCAAGAUGCCGGUGUGGUCGAGCUUCUCCUUGUUCGGGGCCCCGACCGGCACCCCCGCCUUCAACUGGACAAGUGACGUCAGACUCAACGCUGACCAGAGCGUCACCUGCGCUGACUAUGACAGCCUAACCAACGUUACUAUGGCGCCACUCUUCUUCCCAGGUUUUUCGUCGGACAGUUCCCAGAGCAAAAUCCCGUACAUGGUGAGUAACGCAGUGCCGUCAACGGAGCAGCAGCAGCGGCAUUGGCAGGACCUCAUGUCCCAUCUCAUCGCGCGUUGGUUGGGCAGCGGCAGCCUGAACGUUAUAGUGGGCCCGGUGUUUGACCGCAACGCCGACUCCCACGCUGACGUCUUCAACAGCACCGAAACCUUCCCUCAGCUGCCCACAGUCCUGUUCGCUAUCGUAACACGAUGUUCCAUUGGCGGCAACAUCACCGCCUGUGAACCACAAAACCUCGAGUCACGAGCCUUCCUUUACCCAACUGUACAGCCCGUCGAGAACUGCUUGGAAAGCAGCGAAUAUGCUUUGGAGUUUAGCAGUACCGUCAGGGAUGUCAGAAUCAUCACCGGUUUGGCCUUCUACCCUGAUCUGUCAUUCGACGACAGAGUUCGUCUCGAGACGGUGGUCCACCAGUCGCUCUGGUAGAGCUUUCCGAAACGCCAACACAGGAUUUACCAACGGUUAUAAGUUAUUUUUCUUGAGAUUCUUCACCCAAAAAUGAGGACAGAAAUAAUCUGAGAUUAUGAAAUCUGGCAAAAAGGUCUAAACUAAUGGUUAAAUGUUUGACCAAUUAUCAUCAGCUAGCUACCUGAAUUGACGAGUAUAAGAAAUUUCAAUAGAAUGCCUUUUUUAUUGUACACGUUUCAAGUGCUUCGUGCUUGAAGUCAACGAUUCGAUUAAUUCACUGAUUUCCAUUCAACCAAGGAAGAUAUUGUUUAAUCGGUUCAAGGUAUAGCGACACUGAACAUAGUGCUGAGUGUAUAUAUACAUCUUCCCGGACACACGCUAUCCAAUGCAACUAUGUACCGAACUUUAAUGCUCAAAUAUACGAAACCAUAAUA